AUGGGAGGGGCCCACUCCUGUGUGAAGAGAACUCUGUGCUUUGGGGUUCCAGUGAUGCUGGUGCCAUGGUCCAUGCUGCUACCAUGGUUUAUCCCCCACUCUUCUCUCCUGGAGGACCUGAGUGGGUUCCUGGCUGGGGAAGCCUAUGCUCUGGGCUACUGUUGCUGUUUGGAUAUUCUGGGCUCUAAACUGGACAAUGUGUUCCCUUUCAGUCUGCUGAAGAGAAGACCAGGGCUGAAAUACAUCCCAGAGGAGGAGAGAGGAGCCUCUGAGGGCAGCAAGAUUAAACCUGCACCAGGCACCUACCCCACCCAAAGCUGCCACUGCUCUCCAGCUCCUGCUCACCAGAUGCAGCACCCUAAUGCCCAGAGCCAGGGGUUCCACCAAGCUCUGGGACAUGAGGGGUCUCAGCAUGGCCAUGCUGCAGGACACAGCCUCCCUUCUUCCCCCAACCAAGCAAGAGGUGCUUUGGGAGAGUCUUACAUGCCUGGAACAUCAUCUGGACACUGCUGCCAGCUGGGCAAGUUUUCCCCGCAGCAUAUCUGCCCAAGAGAUCCACAGCCCUGGGAAGCAUCAGGAUAUGCAGCAGCCACAGCAGGUCCUGUCUCAGCUGGAUUUUCAGUGCCCAGCUGCACUGACCUUUCAGAAAGCAGCAGGACUCUCAUACUGUGGCAGGGCCAUUGUGUGAUGCUAAUGCAGCAGUGUGCUGCUGGUGUUUUUACUGUUUCUGGGCUGAUGAGUGGAACGGGCUGGUAGCCUCAGUGUAGGCCAAUCCCCUGCUCCCUGGCACAGGC